AUGACGAAGAAAAUCGUCAUUAUCGGUGCUGGGUUCGCUGGUGUCUGGAGUGCCCUGUCGGCCAAGCGUCUGCUCGACCUUCGAAGCCAAAAUCAAGGCAUUGAAAUCUUGGUCAUUGCUCCUGAGCCCUCCUUGGUCAUUCGUCCGCGACUCUAUGAGGCAAACGCUUCCGACAUGACCCAUCCUCUUGGAGCUCUCUUUGAAGGAGCAAGAAUUGAAUUUCUUCAAGGCAUGGUGAGAUCUAUCAAUUACAAUGCGCAAACUCUGGACGUCCGCAGCUGGAAGCGCCGUUAUCCGGCCAAAGAGUAUCCCGGAAUCCAGCAACACACAUUUGACAUUGAUUCGCUGGAAUCUGCAACGAAACUCGAAACUCAUCUGCGGGAUCUCGCUUCCCUUCCACCAAGCCCGGGUCGCAAUACCAUCGUGGUGUGCGGUGGUGGUUUCACGGGCAUUGAGCUAGCAACCGAACUACCCAAGCGUCUUGGCCAUAUCAGUGAUUAUCGCGUCGUUCUGGUUGAAAACACAGACCAAAUCGGCCUGGCGCUUGGACCGGGACCCCGCCCUGUCAUUACUCAGGCCUUAGAAGACCUCGGAAUAGAGGUCAAGGCUGGGUCUCCCGUUGCGAAAUUGACCCCGAUGGCGUUUCUCUUGCUUCUGCAGUUUCCCGCUCCUAAAGAUGAGCUGUCUCGCCUCCAUGUCGACCAGUAUCUUCGAAUUCCUACAAUCGAGAAUGCCUUCGCCACGGGAGAUGCUGCGUCUGCUCUUGCCGAUACCAAAGGACAUUAUGCCCUUAUGUCCUGCCAGCAUGCUCUGCAACUGGGUCGCGUGUCGGGCCAUAAUGCGGCUGCGGACCUUCUGGGCGAACCGAUGAUCGAGUACUCCCAAGCCGCCUAUAAUUGCUGUCUGGACCUUGGCUCCUGGGGUGCUGUGAUCUCUGCCGGUUGGGAUAGGAAGGUCAAGCAUACUGGAGAUGUAGCAAAGCGAGUGAAAUGUUAUAUCAACCAGCAAUUGAUCUAUCCUCCCCACGAUUCUCAGGAAGCGCUUACUUUGGCGAACCCUAAUUGGCCCGACUCUGAUCAACUAUUCGAACAAAUGCUGCAAGCUGUGGGUUAG